AUGAACAUCUGCAUCGGGACCCCGCCUGUCGUGUUAAUCGGAGUAGCCGAUACCGGCACCGACCUCAUGUGGCUUCAAUGCAAACCAUGUAAAGAAUGCUACAAGCAAAAACCUCCCUUGUUUGGUCCCAAAAGAUCUUCAACUUACAAGACUUUGACAUGUGCAUCUCCUUACUGCUCCGCUCUUGAAAAGAGCAAACGUUGCGAAUCAGACAUCAACUUGUGCGGGUACAAUUAUACUUACGGAGAUAAAACCUUCACUGUACGAAAUCUCGCGGUAGAAAAUUUCGCCAUCGGAGAUUCAACUUCUAGAAGUCCUGUCACACUUCCUAAUGUUGUUUUUGGCUGCGGACAUAAUAAUGGUGGCAACGUUGAAGAAGCCGAGUCAGUUCAUUUUAGUGGCAAUGCGGAUCUGAAAUUGCAGCCAUAUAAUGCAUUCAUUAGAGUGGAGGAAGAUUUGGUGUGCUUAACCAUGGAACCUGCAGAUUCAUUUGGCAUUUUCGGAAAUGUGGCUCAGACGAAUUUCUUGGUGGGAUUUGAUCUUCAAGGGAAGAUUGUGUCUUUCAUGCCAACUGACUGCUCUAAGCAGUGA